AUGAUGCAGUCAAACACUAUUCUGCGCGAUAUUAGUACCACCGAAAAGCUAAUGGGAAAUAACAACAACCUUAACAACAAUGGAUCUCCUGGUGACAUAAUGUUCCACAUGGGAGACGAGGGAAUGACGCAGCUCGGCAGCGUCUUCCAGUCAGCUUACCAGUCAAUCGUCGAUGGUGGUCCUCAGUUAGGAGGGCGUUAUUCAGAGCAGGAGGAUGUGACUCGUGAUCCGGGAGGCAUUAUUUCGUUAAAUGGAAUUUCUAUCUAA